UCCCGUUGGCAACCAGGCCUGCCGUAACGGUUCCUAUGCAGGAUUUGUUGACGUUUGCUCUUACAAAGCAUUCAAGAUGAGCGAACAACUUAAAUUUAUCGUUGAGCAACUGAACCGAGAACCCUUUAAGAAAAGUUUUAAUCUUAUUACCUUUGACUCACUGGAACCGAUGCAGUUACUGCAGAUUUUAAACGAUGUUCUGGCUGAAAUCGAUCCAAAGCAAGCUAUAGAUAUACGCGAGGAAAUGCCUGAGCAAACAGCCAAGAGAAUGUUCACACUUCUAAGGAUGCUGAAAUACAAACCUCCUGGAGGCAUUUCUGAAGUAAGUAGUUUUCGUCAGGGUUUGGUAACAGGGAGUAAGCCCGUUGUGCAUCCCAUCCUACACUGGCUGGUACAGAGGAUUCCUGAGCUGAAGAAGAGGGCUUACCUUGCUCGCUUCCUUGUCAAACUAGAAGUGCCUGCUGAGUUUCUUCAGGAUGAUAUCAUCGCUGAGACUUACCACCAGUAUGAGGAGCUGGUGGAGACAUUCAAGAACCUCCACAAGGAGUGUGAGCAGCUGAAGAGCUCAGGUUUCUCCACAGCUGAGAUCCGUCGGGACAUUGUGGCAAUGGAGGAAGAGAAAGAUCAACUCAUCAAACGGGUGGAGCGUCUUAAGAAGAGGGUGGAGGGAGUGUCAAACCACCAACGCAUGCUGGAGCUGGCCAGACAGUUAAGAGUGGAAAAAGAAAGAGAGGAAUCUCUCACUCAUCAAAAACAGGAGCAGAAGAAUCAGCUUUUCCAGGCAGAACAGAGACUGCAGAGAGCUCAGCUUCAGCUAAAAGACUUGCAGCUGGCAGCUGCAGAUGCGAAGCCAGAAAGCCUUAUGAAGAGACUUGAGGAGGACAUCAAGUUCAACUCGUAUAUGGUGUCUGAGAAGCUGCCCAGAGAGUUGGAGAACAUGAGAAAAGUUGUACAGUACCUUCAGAAGGUGGCAUCUGAACCAGCUAUGGGCCAAGCAGAACUGAGGGAAUUAGAGGAGAAGAUCAGAGAAACUAACACUGAGAUCAACCAGCUCAUUGAGAAAAGGAUGGUGCGUAAUGACCCCAUGGAUGAUAAACUCUCUCUCUUCAGACAGCAGGCUACUAUUAUAGUCCGUAAGAAGGAGAGCAAGGUGGAGGAGUUGCAGGAGGCCCGUGAGGAGCUUGCAGCUGUGGAGAAAGAGCUGAACAUGAAGAGCAGUCGGGCACGAGAGCAAGGUGGAGCGGAGCUGAUCCGUGGGGAUGAGUUCAAGCGGUAUGUGGCUAAGAUGCGAGGCAAGAACAGCAUGUAUAAGAAGAAACGUCAGGAGAUGGCUGAGCGGAAGGCGGAGUAUGGCGUUCUCCAGCGGACUGAGGAGAUCCUGAGAGAUCGACACACAGCUGGACAACAGCAGCUGCAAUCUCUGGAGGCGCAGCGGGGAAUCUCAGGCUACAGCGAUACUCAGGAAGAACUGGAAAGAGUUUCCGCUAUCAAGAGCGAGCUGGACGAGAUGAAGGGACGAACGCUGGACGACAUGUCUGAAAUGGUAAAGAAGCUGAAUUCAGUAAUAGCAGAGAAGAAGUCUGCACUAUCUCCACUGAUAAAGGAACUGAGAGCUUUGAGACAGCAACACGCAGAACUUGCUCCAGACUACGAGCAAAGAAAGGCUCAGUAUGAUACCUGUGCCGCAGGGCUGGAGAGCAACAGAUCCAAGCUGGAACAGGAAGUCAGGACACUCCGGGAGGAAAUAGCACAGGAAGAAAGCCGAUACCAUAACAUUAAUUGCAUGAAAGAGAUUAUUGAGAGUCAAAUUCAAAGAGCAGACGAACAGAGUAAGAUCAGUCAAUCGAUGGACUUACAGGUGCGGCGGACCGCUCUCAGAGAGAAGUACAUUACACACAUAGCAGAGCAGGAGUCCUUAGGCAAGGUUCUGCGUCAGAAAGUGAAACAGGUGCGAGAGAACCAGGAGCCCAACACGAAACAGAUGAAGAUGUGGAAAGACCUGGAGAAGCUGUUGGAGUGUAAAAAACAGUGCUACCUCAAGGCUCAGAGCCAAGCUCCUAUUGGACAUGUUAUCCAAGAUGUGGGCAAGGAUAUGCUGGUUCUGUGAAGCCAUUUUGCUAGUAAAAGUGAGAAGAACCAUUCGAUUUCAGUUUGUAAUGGUGUACAUAUUUCUUUCUAGUCAUUAGGUAAUAACAUAAAAUAAAAUUUCAGUGGCUAUUUCUUAUAAUGUAAACGUGUUUGCUCUGCUAAAAAACCUUUAAUAUUCUUUUAGGUGUUUUUUGUAUGUUACUGUAUACCAGUACACAUUCUAGGAUGGUGGGAAAGGAAACGCAUAACCUAAGGGUCGUCUGGAUAAGAGGGUUUAAAUCCUCAGACGCGCUAACGUCCAACAAGUUGCUAGUCUUGGUUUUGACACGUCUUUAAGGACGGAACAUCAGUCUAUGUGUCCCAAGAUAACACUCUACUAAGUGUUACACUUUGGAUGCACCCGCUCCAAGUUAUUUUGGGAAACAACAGGCAUGACCUUGAACAAAAGAGCUGUCCAAUUUAGGAAUUCAGCUGGAUCUCCUUUAGUUUCUCCGUCAGUGCGGAGCUACAGAAGUAACUGACCUGUCUCUCUUGAGGUUAGAGGUUGGUUUUGCUUCCUAAAUGAUUAUUUUCAUGUUGUCUUUUUUGGAGUUUACUACCCAAGCAUCAGCUUUGUAUCUCAUUUUAAAUUCAAGUAAAAAAUGUAAUCAAAUGAAACGAGUAUAUAUUCUCAAGUCCUUAUACAACAUUUUAUUGAAUAUAAAAUAAAUAUUUACACAAUUACAAA